AUUAUUCUGGUUGGUUUCCAGAGUGACAGGUAAGUUUUUGGUCUGUGCAAAGUCUGACUUUCCGGUCACAAGUGGCUUUCUGUUUACUUUGCAGAGCUAUUUGCUCUUGGGGACAGAAGCUGACAGUGCACUCACAGCACAGACUUGUCAUGGGUCUAGCAGCCUCUGUGGCAUCUCCUGUCACAUUGGGAAAAUGAAGAAUUCCAGGACAUCGGCGUGGAGGGCGCUGGUGGAGCUAUUUCUUCUCUGUGCUGCCCUAGACUGUCUCAGUUUGCCUGGCUCCAGAGGUGAAAGGCUACAUUCCUUUGAGUCGAAUGCAGUCAACAAGAGCUUUGCUAAGAGCAGACAGAUGCGGAGUGUGGAUGUUACCCCGAUGCCCAUUGAUUGUGAGCUGUCUAGUUGGUCCUCUUGGACCACAUGUGACCCCUGUCAGAAGAAAAGGGAUCACGUCCAGGAUCAUAGUUUUCAAGGAUCACUAUGACCUAGCUUAUAUCUUCAGCACACUGGACCUUUGUAUGACUCUGGCCUUCACUCUCUCUGGGCAUUUCUUCAUGUUGCUUUCUCAGUACAGGUAUGCCUACUUGCUCCGGCCCUCUCAGUUCCAUGGGGAACCAUGCAACUUCUCUGACAAGGAAGUUGAAGACUGUGUUACCAACAGACCAUGCAGAAGUCAAGUGCGAUGUGAAGGCUUUGUGUGUGCACAGACAGGAAGGUGUGUAAACCGCAGACUUCUUUGCAAUGGGGACAAUGACUGUGGAGACCAGUCAGAUGAGGCAAACUGUAGAAGGAUUUAUAAAAAAUGUCAGCAUGAAAUGGACCAAUACUGGGGAAUUGGCAGUUUGGCCAGUGGGAUAAAUUUGUUCACAAAUAGUUUGGAAGGCUCAGUUCUUGACCACAGGUAUUAUGCGGGUGGAUGCUCCCCACAUUACAUCCUGAACACGAGGUUUAGGAAGCCCUACAAUGUGGAAAGCUACACGCCACAGACCCAAGGCAAAUACGAAUUUACAUUGAAAGAAUAUGAAUCGUACUCAGAUUUUGAACACAAUGUCAUAGAGAAAGCGGCAAGCAGUUCUGGUUUCAGUUUUGGUUUCAAAAUAUCUGGAAUAUUUGAACUUGGUAUCAGCAGGCAAAGUGAUCGAGGCAAACAUUAUAUUAGGAGAACUAAACGAUUCUCUCAUACUAAAAGCGUAUUUCUGCAUGCACGCUCUGACCUUGAAGUAGCACAUUACAAGCUGAAACCCAGAAGCCUCAUGCUCCAUUACGAGUUCCUUCAGAGAGUUAAGCAGCUGCCCCUGGAGUACAGCUACGGGGAAUACAGAGAUCUCUUCCGUGAUUUUGGGACCCACUACAUCACAGAGGCCGUGCUUGGGGGCAUUUAUGAAUACACCCUCGUUAUGAACAAAGAGGCCAUGGAGAGAGGAGAUUAUACUCUUAACAACGUCCACGCCUGUGCCAAAAAUGAUUUUAAAAUUGGUGGUGCCAUUGAAGAGGUCUAUGUCAAGCUGGGUGUGUCCACAGGCAAAUGCAGAGGUAUUCUGAAUGAAAUAAAAGACAGAAACAAGAGGGACACCAUGGUGGAGGACUUGGUGGUCCUGGUACGAGGAGGGGCAAGUGAGCACAUCACUACCCUGGCGUACCAGGAGCUGCCGACAGCGGACCUGAUGCAGGAGUGGGGAGAUGCUGUGCAGUACAACCCAGCCAUCAUCAAAGUUAAGGUGGAGCCUUUGUACGAACUGGUGACAGCCACAGAUUUUGCCUAUUCGAGCACAGUGAAGCAGAACAUGAAGCAGGCGCUGGAGGAGUUCCAGAAGGAAGUUAGUUCCUGCCAGUGUGCUCCCUGUCAAGGGAAUGGAGUCCCUGUCCUGAAAGGAUCACGCUGUGACUGCAUCUGUCCUGUUGGAUCCCAAGGCCUAGCCUGUGAGGUCUCCUAUCGGAAGAAUAUCCCCAUUGAUGGGAAGUGGAAUUGCUGGUCAAGUUGGUCUUCAUGCUCUGGAGGACAUAAGACAAGACAAAGGCAGUGUAACAAUCCACCUCCUCAAAAUGGGGGCAGCCGCUGCUCAGGCCCUGCUUCAGAAACACUUGACUGCUCCUAGCAGAUAAUACAGCAGUGGGCUACAUACAGUGAGAGCUCUGAGCCCUCAAAUACUCAGGCCAGCUCACCCCUACACCAGUUUCCAGCUGGGGUUCAUGUGAGGACAAAAGGCAGUGCCAUGCAGGCUGUUUAAAAUAGAGAUAUUAGCUUGUAAAAUGCCAGUUGAUUUAAAUAAAUACUGAGUUAAAGGCUUAA